CGUAUUUACACAUUUUAUAUAAGUAUCUUGUUUUUAAAUUUAUCAUCAAAUUUUGAAUUUUAAUUGAUUUGUUAAAUAUGUUGGAACAUGUUAAUAUAUUAUAAUUCUUUAUUGUAUAUACUAACCUUCCACAUUGGCUUUAUCAAUUCGAUUAUUCACACUAAAAAGCUUCUUUACAUUAAUUCUCCGAAUAUUUUAAAUAAUUUUAGUGAUAAUAGAUCCGGUGUGACGUGUAACAUAUUUUUUGGAAACCCUUCUAUUACUAUUGAUUCUGACGAAUACAAUCAUCAACAUCAUAUAAACGAAUAUUUCAAAAAACUCACUAAUAAAUCGGGAAAACCCAGUGAUUCACAGGAACUACCGGAUUCUUCAUCUAAAGAACAGCCGGAACUUGGUGAUGUACCAAUAGCUAAUAAUGUCCUAACUGAUGUGUUGCCUCUGGCUCCUCCCUCAGAGGAUGACCCAUUGGAGGAAAUUGUUGAAGACAAUGACUUGUCAAAACCCCCAUCAAACAAGGACGACUGGAGCUUGAAACGUAUAGCUCAUGGACGCCGUUUUUGGCAUAAAUUCUUUGCCAAGCCGUCAGAACAAACCCUUAAAGCGGUACGGUGGAUUAAAUUUGAACACGACAAAACUAACUGUAAUCGGAUUUUGGAAAGGACAUAUACUCAAUUACCCAAGGUUAUGCCUCAAAAGGGACCUGACGGGAAGUUUUUACCCCUAUCUAAGAAAGACAAAAUAAAGAACAAACACUCGUUAAAGGUGCAAAGGAAGAUAAUUGGGUAUGAUAAUAGUGGCGAAGUUAGCAAUUUAUUGAUAUUAAUGAACUAUCCAACUGAGAGGCUGGUUCGCUUGGUGGAGAAGCUCAGAAUGCCUGGAAUAUUAGACCUCAAAAACUACGAACUCUUAAGACUAUUAAAGCAUUCAAUGUUAUAUUUAGCCAAAACAAAUAAUUUCAUUAAUGUUAUCCAGUUUUUAAUAACUUUGGGGAAAUUUAACCCCAACUUAAAGUUACCAGAAGAUAAAAUCCCUGAGGAUGUUCCACAGUCGGAGCCUAUAAUAUUACCAGAUCAUAGUACAGCAUAUAUAAGUAUGGGUAAAGGUAACAUAUACAAAGGGAAAAUCCCAAGAGUCUUGAUGAGAUAUAAACCGAUGGCAUAUUCAAUCAUUGGAAGAUUAAAAAGUGACCCAUUUAAUAAGAAGUUUUUAUUACCGAGAAAACCUAAGGCCAAGCCAAUUAGAGAGGUGUUUCCAGUCUUUAACCCAAAUUCCUCACUAACUAAGUUCUUAACUGAGUCAAUGGGAUUAGUUAGGGAGUAUCAGGAAGUACCAUACGAUCAUGAUAAAACCAUGGACAGAUCAUUUUCUGAUAUAUUUACUGAAAAUCAAGUAUAUACAACUAAGAACAGCGUUAAUAAAUUCGAUUUCCCAACCACAAUCAAUUUUAACAAACAUCUAAAAGACUAUUUAAUAAAGGGCGUCAGUGAAUUGUCAGCGGCUGAUAUUAAGCGUAUAUUAAAACAUGCUCCAAAAUUGGGAUUAACUGAUACGUCUACUUUAAUAUACCGAAUUAAGCAAUUACACACUCAUGUUGGACUGACGUAUGAAGAAAUACUUAGAAUAUGUAAACACAACAUUACGAUACUUUCAUUUGGGAAUUACAAACAAAGAUUUUUAAAAAUUUACGACAUUGAUGAAAGCUUUACUUACGAAUCAGUAAAAGAAUUAAUUCUAAAGCUUCCAAACCUCUUAACAUAUAAUAUUGAUCGUUGUAUAAAGCCGAAAAUAUUAUACCUAUUUAGGAUAAUGGGUAAAUCAGUCUCAGAUUUGCUAGAAUAUCCUAAAUAUCUCAGUUUCUCACUUUAUGAUCGUAUAAUACCACGACAUUUAAGCGUAAUGAAUAAACUUUACAAUGGAGAGUUCUUAAGCGUUUAUAGAUUCUUAUUCCAAACUGGUUUCUACCAUUCAUAUGGCCAACCAAUUACACACCCUAAGAUACCAAACCCUUUACCGGAAAAUCACGAGAAAUUCUUGUCAUUUUAUAUGGAAUUGAAUCGAGAUUUGAAUUUAAAGGAGCUGAUAAGAACCAGUGACGAGGAAUUUUGUAAAAUAUAUAAUUUAACGUAUAGGAAUCUUGUAGAAGGCAGAGAAUUCGCGUUUAAAAUUCCCUUACCAGUUAAUGUACAAUAAUACCAUAUA